UUUAUUUCAGGUCGAACUCCACUUAGCGAUGUGAUUGUUGGUUCCUUUAUGAUGGUACUGUCUAUAGCAUGUGGAUGUGCCUACUCAAUCAUUUUAGUGCUUCUGUGGAGAGACCGUGAUCUGAUGAAAAUGGCUUCAUAUAAAUUUAUGUUCGUUUUGGGUGUGUUCGAUGUUGUUCAAUGUAUACCACAUUUUGCCACUGGUAUAUUCACAAUAACGCAGUCUGUGGCGCAUCCUGAUUUGGCAAAGGCGAUGGGUGUAUUGGCAACACCAGCCUAUGUUGCCUAUACCGUCCUUACCCUUGUGCUAUCAUUCAAUCGAUUCAUACAGAUCUAUUCGCCUCCACUUGAUGCCAUUCUAUUCAGUGAAAAAGCUGUCAUAAAUUGGAUCGCAUUCAGCAUGAUAAUCUGGUUACUGUUCGCCAGCGCUUUGUCGUCCCCGUGGGCAACAAUCCGUUAUUUUCCUGAUCAGUAUUCAUGGGAUUACAACUAUGGCCUCAAAUUUUCGUGGAUAGUCCAGAAAGUGGAAAUGAUCAUCGAAUUGAGCACUAUACUGAUCUCAGCGGUGUUUUACAUUCUAGUCAUCAUCGCCCUUUACCGUACCCGAAGACGUUUCAUGUCCAACUCAAAUAGUCGUGCUGAAAUGAAAGUACUCAUACAAGCGCUCGUCAUCACUGCCUAUUGCACAAUACUUAAUUUCUUAUGGCAUAAUGCACAGGCAAUACUUCCACCGAUUAUUUGGACUUAUAUGGCAGUGAACAUGAUGUGGAUCUUGAACAGCGUAUAUUAUAUUAUUCAUAAAAAUAGGCUAAAUGCUGAAAAAAGUGGGUCUGAAGUGGUAGAGUUGAAGUAG